AUGGAAGAAAAAAUAUUUACUGAAAUAUUCCAGCAGUGGGGUAGUUCUGAUAUUGUUGAAAAGGGGUCUAUUCAGCUCAAUACCACGUUAGCAAAUGCAGUAUUGUACGUAUUGCUUCACAUAAAGGAGCGAAGCGCCGAGAAGGGCAAAAAUCGUCUUCCACACGUGUUGCUGCAAAGCCUUUUAAGUGGAAUUUCGGUACGUUUUGGGUGCGUUCGAACAACAGGAAUGCGAGACGAAUCUAUCACAGUCGCUUCCGCGUUCGCAUCAUUUUUUGUGAGUGAUAGUGAAGCAGCGCAUGCAUUUUCUGAUUUGGGGCAGUUUCCAGCACUUCUUGACGAUUGGUUGAAAGAUGAAAGCCAACCAACAGGGAUGCCUGGGAUGUCGCAUGUUACUAGUACAGAUACUCGCGAGAAUGUCGGCAAUGAUGCGCAUAUCAUCUUUGUUCGUCGCUCUCUGAAGGAUGAAGAAUAUCCUCUUAACCCUGAUAGCGCCUUCACAUUCUUUUGUCGCAGAAACUCCACUGUGCCAAUAAGAUCCAGUUUACCCGAAAAGGGGGCUGUGCUUUUUAAUCCAGAGAGUAUCGUGAAUCAUGGGCAAUUGUUAUCUUUUGGUAAAACGUCACACGAUGAGGAUGAAUUGGACGAUAACAUCUCAGUUCUGACGACAGUGCGUGAAUCCUACAAUGCUAUCAUGGGAAUUGGGAGAAGUACAGGUGCCCAGCUUUACGAGAUUCAACAGGAGAUAGAAAGUGGGCUUCGCGGGUUCUCACUUUCGCUGCAAAGUCUAAAAGAUAAACUUGGCGUUUGGAAGGAGAAGACGCUGGAUGGUGCGAUGCUGCCCUCACGUGAAAGGGUUGGAAGAGAACUUGACCCGAUGGUUUCAUCCCUUUUACCCGCAUUGAUGUCGCUUACUAUCCACGCACCAGAAGAACGAUGUAAUGAAUUGAUGAAUUUAAGAUAUUCCGUUCUUGUAUCCUUAAUCAUUCUCACUCCGGAACAUGCGUUGGAGCAGCUUGGUAAGAUGGUCUACUCCAGUCAUUACGGUGUUCAUCAGCGUGUCGAGAUGGCGAAGGCAAUUGGUGAGGCGGCUAGGUAUCUCUCAAAGAUCGAAAUACAUGCGACAUCACAGGCAAAAACCCAAUGGGAUACCAACCAAAAAGAGGAUUCCGUGUCAAAGCGUAUUUAUCCUCCAAUACGCAGUGGAAGCAAAAAACAUGUUGCAAUCAUUGCCACGGAAGGAAAGGAAACGCGACGCUGGGGAAACGCUGUUGCUGGAAGAGGAGGCCCAAAAUCAAAGAUCUACACAAAUUACCUCUCGGAAGUGGUCAAUUUUUUUGUUUCGGCACUAUUAAAAAGAGCUGAAGACGAGCAUUUUGCGUUUUUUCGCGAUAAUGAUCCAUAUGCACCAAGUGAGGUGCUGAAGAGUUUAGGCAUUGUGGUUCAAUGUAUUGCCUCAUCUCGCCACGUGGCACCAGCUCUUUGUGAAAGCAUAUUCUCAUUUGCUUUGAUAGUUGUAACGCAGCAUCCACUAUCAGUUGUUCGACGACAGGGCUGGAUUCUUAUUGGUGAAGUGAUGAGAAGCUGGUGUGGGGCGGGACCUCUUGUCCCAAAUGAUGAUUCAUCUGCUGUUUCCCGAAGUGUGUUUGGUGGAUCACUGUCGUACACGUUCUCAGAGGACUGGUUGCAAGCACAGCAGGUUCUCGCAGCCGCAUCUAAAAAAGUACAGGAGGAUUCGUCGUGUGUGGAUGUGGCAUUUCUGGUUCUAGCGGACUUGCAGGAUCUGGUGCUGGCAAAGCAAGCUGUUGAAAUUAUGGAGACUCGCGUAAUCGAUGCGAAGAGAAUAUAUGUCACGGACGUUCGCGAUAAUGCUGCUUGA